GGUGAAACGCAGACUAGCGUGAAAUAACCUACUAGCGUAGUUUAUCAAAGACUUAAUGUGGUCUAGUGCUGUUUGCUAACAUUGGAAGCUAUUUGCUGUGUUAAUGUGCGAGUCGGGAGGCUAGGCUAGGCUAGGCUAAGCUAAGCUAGGAGCGCGUAUGCUGCUUCACACACAGCGAGGUCUCACUAUGUGGAGGCGCACAGUGAGGUCGGUGUUAUGGGAGGCAAAAGUCCUUCGCGGGCUGUUCAGUACAGCUCAGUUAGCCAACUCUGCCCAGGUCACAUCAGCCAGGUCCUGCUGCGGUGUUUCAGGGAAGAAAUGGGUGAGGCCCAGCGGGUUUGACACGGGUGUAAAGACUUACAACAGCCUGACCAAACAGAAAGAGCCGCUCAUUCUGGCAAGAGAAGGUGUAGCUACCUGGUACAGCUGUGGACCCACGGUGUAUGACCAUGCCCACCUGGGUCAUGCAUGCUCAUAUGUCAGGUUUGACAUCCUGCAGAGGAUUUUAUCCAGGUUGUUUGGAAUCACUGUCAUCCACGCCAUGGUGAUCACUGACAUUGAUGACAAAAUUAUCAAAAGAGGUUGGGAGGAAAAUGUAUCUCCAACUGUCAUAGCCAGAAUGUAUGAGGACGAAUUCAAGAAGGACAUGCUGUCAUUAAAGGUGCUUCCUCCUGCAGUGUAUUUAAGAGUCACUGAGAACGUGCACCAUAUUGUCGAGUUUAUUAAGGGGAUCAUUGGAAAUGGACAUGCGUACGCCACAAAAGAAGGGGAUGUGUAUUUCGACAUUCAGUCCAUCGGUGAUCGUUACGGCAGGUUUGCUGGAGCUGUGGAUGCUCAGGGAGAACCUGGCACCUCAAUUAAACGAGACCCGAGGGAUUUUGCCCUGUGGAAGCAGUCCAAACCUCAGGAACCGUACUGGGAGUCUCCGUGGGGCAGAGGGAGACCUGGCUGGCAUAUUGAAUGCUCUACCAUCGCUAGCUGUAUGUUUGGGAGUCAGCUGGAUAUCCACUCCGGAGGUAUCGACCUGGCCUUUCCUCACCAUGAGAAUGAGAUAGCUCAGAGUGAAGCCUAUCACCAGUGUGGACAGUGGGCACACUACUUCCUCCACUCAGGACACUUACACCUGAAGGGCAGUGCAGAGAAAAUGUCUAAAUCUUUAAAGAACUAUAUCACCAUCAAGGAUUUCCUGCAGUCUUACUCUGCCAAUGAAUUCCGGAUGUUUUGUCUUUUGACAAAAUACAGAUCAGCUAUAGACUACAGUGACAGCAGCAUGUCAGAGGCUCGGACCUCUCUGGGAACCAUCUCCACCUUCAUCCAUGAUGCUGAGGCCUACAUGAAGGGUCAGCUGCAGUGUUCACCUGUACAGGAAGCUUUUCUCUGGGAGAGGUUGGCUGAGGCUAAAUCCAGUGUGGUGAAAGCUCUGGCGGAUGACUUCGAUACCCCGAGAGCCGUCAACGCUGCGAUGAAUCUGGUUUAUCAUGGAAACCGCCAACUGCAGCCUGUUUCUACGUCUGACGGAGUGGCUCGGAGCCCUGCAGUGUUUGGAGCGAUCGUCAGCUACCUGAGAGAUGUCCUGGAUUUGUUUGGGAUUGAUCUGCUGCACAGUAAGCAGGCCGAAGCGGUGAGUAGCUGUGGAAGUCUUCAGGGUGUCGUGGAGCAGCUGACCCAUUUCAGAAGCGAGGUUCGAGCGUUCGCGCUCGGUCACCUGGACGGUCCGAGCACCGGAUCCCCCAAAAAACGUGGACUUGACCCACAGAGAACCCGUCUCCUCAAAGCCUGCGACACCCUCAGAAACGACCUGGUGCCACUGGGUGUUUUGAUAAAGGACAGAGGAGCCACCUCUACAUGGGAGAUCACAGAGGGAAAACAGAGAGGACAGAGAGUCCACGAUAAAGACCAGGAGACAUCGAGCUGAAACCAGACUCUACCUCUGAGACCAACUCUUUAAUUUAGGCUUCAAUUUAAUUUCACCAACUGAAAAACUUUUCUGGAAAUAAGAGACCAAAUCAUCCUGAUUUCAUAACAGAGCUGACUUUAAAUGAAAUGCCUGAUGUGCCUGUCAUCAGUCUACAAACUCUCAUGUGAUGAAUAUUAUAUAUGAAGAUGCAGUGUCUCUCUCCUCUUCGUUUCUCUCUUCAAGGGCUGGCCUGAAAACCUGCACCCUCUCCCUCUAUGCUCCACUGUAGUGCAGUAUAGUGACGUAAAUGAAGAGAGUGCUGCUAGUGUCACAUGACCUGCCUGUCUGACAACGCAAGUCACAUCAUCUGCAGGGAAAGCAGAAUGUGUGCACUUUAAAGGGCCAUAAGCAGUUCAUCUGUCACUGUGGUCUCCUCUUAGCACAGCCUGUUAUAUUUCAAACAUCAUGUUGGAUUUGCACUUUGUUGAGAUGAUCUAAUUCUAGUUCACUUCCAGGUUUUAGAACCAACAUGUGAAAGUCUAAACAGGAAGUAAACGCCAUCCUCUCCUGCUCUUACAUCAUACUGUACUGCACAGUGUUGAGACAUGGGUCCAGGCCUGCGUUCAAAACUAAACUGAGUGAAAUGACUGAAGUGUCUCAGCAGCAGCCAUGAUCAGAGCUGAUUGUUAAAAUGUUAAGCAAGGAAGCUUCAGUGCAAGCAGAGGAAACACUGACCUUCCUUUACUAAAGGAAAGGAGAUAAUUCAGUGCAGCAGCAGCAUUUAAAGCGACACCACAGCAGACUCCAAUUAAUGUAGAAAUAACAGAGCACUUAUUUAAUUCUUGUGACAUGAUCAGAAAUCCUUGCAUAAGUGGCUGAGCUCCAAAUCCAUAAAUAUAAAUGUCUUCUCAUUCAAUUUUAUUAUUUUAAUGACACAACAAUAUAUAACAUAUAUUAUGUUUUUGAGUAACUGAUGGUUAAAUGUUCCUCUUGUGAGCUGUGAUUCUGUGCUGGACAGGAAACCUUACUGAACUGUAGCCUACAGCAAUGACUUUGUCACUGUAUGUUUUCCAUGUGUUAUAAAUAAAGUUUGUAUUUUAAGAAAAGCCUUGUGUAAGUGCAGGCAGAUUCUUGUUUCUUUGCUUUAAGUCCUUAACGUGGAAAGCUGAGGUCUAGCAGCAUCCUCUGCAUCUUGUAGAAAGAACGUGGAUGAGUUCAGAGGCACGUUGGUGCUCACAUCUUCCUGGUGACUUCCUCUUUAAUUAGUACAUUUUCUCCUCUGCCUGUCCAUAAAAGUCAUUUUACAAUAAACACAAGCAAACACAGAAAAGAUGAGACAAAACAGGAAAGUAUUUUUUUUUCUUAUUUCCAUGUUGAUGUGUUUGUUAACUUAAUAUCUUACACACUAAAAAGUGUGUUCACUUUUAGAUGAGUCAAACAU